UUCUGUAACAAAUCUUGGUUACACUUGUGGCAAUUGUCCACCGGGUAUGAAAGGUGAUGGAGAAAAUUGUCAAUAUAUUUUUUCUCAUGAUAAGGUGGUGGUUAAAGGAGAGAUGACUUUCGUUUUUGGAAUAAAAUGGAAUAUCGAUCUUUUGGACGGGGCUUCUUUUUUCUAUAAGCAGAAAACAGCUGAAAUUGAAACCCAAAUUGCGCUGGUUUAUGGCGAUGUUGGAGACUUUCUGAACGUGUUUGUCACCCGUUAUCGGAAAGGAAGUGUAGUGGUUGAAUUUCUAAUUGUGUUGAAACGGGAGAUCGAUGAUCCGCUAAUGCCAUUGAAAACACUUGCGAACAACAAUUUGGGAAAUUUUACUGUGGAUCCACGAAGCGUAAGAAAGAAAGGUAUUGUUCCUAGUAUAAUGAGGCCAAAAGUACGACCAAAGGAUGAAGAUAGAGUUUAUGUGGCAUUAAGAUGUUUCUGGGACUACGUUAAUGAUGCUUCUCAUGUUGAAUUUCAUGUCAAGUGGUUCAAAGAUUCUAAGGAAACUACACACGCGGUGCAACAUAUGUUUAACGGGACUGCAGAUCAAACGUAUUACGAAAAUCUUUACGAAAGUCAGCUUUUUGUCAAUAGACUUACUGGGGCAAGAGAAUGGGAUGAACGUGGUUAUGAAUGGAACAAAAGGGUAUAUUGCAAAGUUCGAGGGAGGUUUCAUGGUGGAGGUUGGUCACCAUGGAAAUCAAGUGGAACAAUUUUUACUGGUAUUCAGGUGCAUCCCAGGACAAUUCAUCUCGAUGAAUGUGAGACAAAUAGAGAAAUAUUUGUGAGUUUAAGACCUGUUCUUCCUAUCCGUAAAAAAUCAUACAAAUUUGAAAUCACAUACAAAGAUGAACACCGGGAAACUAUAGGGAAAAUAUGCAUCAGGGGAUAUAUAUCUCAGGGCAGAUGCAUAGCAGAACUUACAGACAGACACAAUUUCCAUCAACCUCUGUGGAUCAGAGUAACUGCGGUAUGCCCUUCAAUAGAAACUGGAGAAAGCUUCAAAGAAGUGAAAGUCAAGUUUCAUAACCCGACAAUAAGCGACUUUACAAAUAACCUAUUCUGGUACAAUUACGAUUUCCUUCCUAUAAAGGUAACAAUGGCCUCAAGAGAGACAAAGCAUUGUAAAUCUUUAACGGAUCCUAAUAUUGAAACAUUUGACGGAAGGCAUUAUAAUCCUUACAAGGAAGGGACAUUUCGUCUUUAUCGUAACAGAUUAUCCGGAACCGAGGUACAAGCAAGAUUAGAUACCUGUUGCAACUGUGGUGUCGCUAUUAAAGAAGGAUAUUAUUUUAAAAUUGUGGAAUUGUGUUCAAGUCGUCAUCAAGCUCUGCCUAGAAUACGAUUUUCACACCAUCCAGAUAUGGCGAAAAAUGGUUUUUAUGUUGAAAGAACAUCAGAAAAAUUUACUAUAGGUGAAGACAUAAUCGUGCACAUGCCUUCUGGAAUCACCGUCACUAUUAAACGAAGAUGGCGGUCUUUUGAUAUAAUAAUAAAGGCUCCUGAACCUUACUCUUACGUGAAGAGUCCUGAGGACAAGCAUAGGCAUAGCGAAGGACUGUGUGGAAACUAUAAUGGAGACCUAAAUGACGACUUCGAAGGGUUAACUAUGUCGGAAUUUGCUGAGACACACAGAAUUCAACCUGGAUCAAGUGAGGAUAUAUUCGCAUAUACGGGCAAUCAAGCCGAAGAAAAGAAGAUGUAUAAAAAAUGCAUAAAUGAGGAUAUAUGUGUUUGUAGACAUGGAGGCAAUGUGAUUUGUAAUAGUCCGGAAACAAUUAAUGAAUGUUCUCCACCAGAACAGAAUCCGAAGCUUCAAAACCUACAUGGAGAUAUAUGCCGCGGCGGACGCACAACUAGGAACGAUCACACUCGCAAAAGAGCGAUUGAUAUGCGAGAUGAUGAUAUAGACGAUCAAGAUAUUAUUCCGCCGUACGACCCGCCUAAACGUAAUUUCACAGUUCCCUCAUGGCCGACACCUAGUGGAUUGACAGAGAAGAGCGUAACAUCCUUAUGCAACAAAAAAAUAAGGUAUUCGAAAGCCGGAGAAAGCUGUAGUAAUGUCAAUGGUGUUAACUUGGAUAGCCUUGUCAAUCAGUGCAUUACUGAUAUCCAGUUUACUGACGAUCCAUCAUGGGCUGGUGCGAAUGCUGGAGCUUUAAACACCGUGUGCAAGAAAAAUGUUUAUAAGAACAUAUCCUACUAUAAGAACAGCACAGAUGGCGUGUUGAAACUGGAGACGAAUGUUCUGGAUUCACUUUGUCCAAAUGAUUGCUCGGACCGUGGGAAUUGUUCGAACUCAACAUGCACUUGUUUUGAAGACUACACAGCUGCUGAUUGCUCAGUAUCGUUGAAAGAUAGUCCCAAACUAUAUGGCAUACGUAAAUCGGGAAUAUGUGAUGUAAGAAGAAGGCCGUGUCGCAAUGUUGGUAUUUAUGCUUUCCCCUUGUUGGAUUCCGAGAAUCUUACCUGCCAUGUUCAAGAAAUUAAGGUUAUUGAAUCAGUAUGGGACCCAGAUAGAUCUAUCACGUUGUUUCCUGGAUUGAUGAUGGAUAUAACCGAAGUUAAAUGUUUUCUUCCCGAAUCACCUGUAAAUAUCGGUGACUAUGGUAACGAAGGAGUGGCAGCCGCUGGAAUAGAAAUUGCAGUUUCCAAUAAUCGGAUAAACGCAUCGAAAGAGUCCUUGUUGUUCAUUACGUAUGACUCCGUGUGCCAAGAAUGCAAUGUUUCCACAGGAUGCCGACUUAAGGCUGAUGCUUGUUCAAUUUCUGGUCAUUGUUUCGCCAAAAAUGACAGCCAUCCUGACGACUGGUGUCGACAAUGUUUGCCUAACAUUUCAACUUCGUCAUGGGAAAACCGAACAGAUCCAAAGUUUAAUAUUUCAAAAACCUUUUACGCUUUUCUUGGUAAAGAACUCCGCGUGCAACUCGAUGCUAUAGAUCCAGAGAAUAGAACAAUCCGUUAUUCUUUUGCCCAAAAUACUUCUCUUGGCGCAUCGUUGACAGAAAAUGGAUUUUUUUCGUGGACAACCACAACGAAUGACUCAGAAGUAUUUAUGUUCAAAGUAACAGAUGAAUGUGGUGCGGACUCAUCUGUUAAUGCAUCAGUUGCUAUAAAAGAUUGUCCGUGCCAAAACAAAGGAGAGUGUUUCCCUGACUAUCGUUAUCUUGAUGGAGCAGGAAGCUUCACGUGUUCAUGCCCUGUUGAAUAUACUGGUGUGCUGUGCGAGAAUGAUGUCAAUGAAUGUAGUGUAUCUGAACCUUGCUUCAAUGGAACUUGCAACAAUGAAAUACCCGGGUUCUCCUGUUCCUGCUUUGCUGGAUAUACUGGUCAUUUUUGUCAAGCUGAGAUCGACGAAUGUGCCUAUCAACCUUGUUUUCCUGGAGUUCUUUGUACAGAUCUAAUUGCCUCAUUUAGUUGUGGACCUUGUCACAAGGGAUAUACUGGUAAUGGAAAAAUCUGUACCAGAAUUGAUGGCAAAGUUGACGAAUGUGUUAGGAAUCCUGAGGUAUGUCAUAAAAAUGCAAGCUGUGAGUACAAUAACGGUUCUUACACCUGUCAGUGUAUACAUGGUUACUCAGGAGAUGGCAAGAACAAUUGCACAGAUGUGAAUGAAUGCGUAGAAACUCCUGACAUUUGCCACAAAAAUGCUACGUGCACAAAUACUAAAGGAAAUUAUACUUGUGAAUGUAUGAAGGGGUUCAUUGGCGAUGGUUACAUUGAUUGUUCUGAUGUGAAUGAAUGCUUGGAAACUUCUGACAUUUGCCACAAAAAUGCUACUUGCACCAAUAUUGAAGGAAGUUAUUCCUGUCAAUGUUUGAAAGGAUUUAUUGGGGAUGGUAGACAUAAUUGUUCUGAUGUGAAUGAAUGCCUGGAAACUCCUGAUAUUUGCCAUAAAAAUGCUACCUGCACCAAUAUUGAAGGAAGUUAUUCAUGUCAUUGUUUGGAAGGAUUCAUUGGGGAUGGUAGACAUAAUUGCUCUGACGUUAAUGAAUGCGUAAAAAUUCCAGAUGUUUGCCAUAAAAAUGCAACAUGUAUCAAUAUUGAAGGAAAUUACACAUGUGAAUGCCUGGCCGGUUUUGUUGGUGAUGGUUACCAUGAUUGCUUCGAAAAUAAAUCUCCGCUUAUAAAUACUCCAAGUUCAGUCUAUGCAAUCUUGAAUAUGGACUUCAAAAUUCAGAUCGAAGCACGCGAUCCCGAGGACGAGGAUCUAGUUUUUGAGUUAAUGUCAAACGGAACCGUAACCACGGCUGAAAUCACAGAAAACGGUUUCCUUACAAUACCGGAACUUAAAGAAAGUGGAAGUGUUUAUAUACUGGUUAAAGAUAAAAAGGGUGCCCAGAAUUUUCUAGUUCUCAAUGUGAAAGCGAUGCAAUGUCCAUGUGAACAAAAUGGUACAUGUCAGAAAAAGCAGAAUAUCACUUAUCCAGUGCAAAGAUCCGACUAUAUUUGCCACUGUGAGCAACCAUUCACUGGUGAAAAAUGUGAAAAACGCUCAAAUCCUUGCAAAGAACAGCCCUGUUUUCCUGGACUCAAAUGUUCAUCCGCACUGAAUUCUGAAGGAUUUACGUGUGAAAAAUGUCCACCAUUAUUUAAAGGCGAUGGAAAAUAUUGUGAACUGGAUAACGUAAAAGACAUUAAAAAGAACCACGUGAAGUCUCAGAUGACAUUGAAAAGUGAAAAAUGGGUUGACAAAUUAACUGACAAUACAUCCAAGGAGUACAGGGAACUUGCCUCUCGGAUAACAAUUGAGAUCAGAACAAUUUACAACAACGUUCAAGGGUUUAGUUACUUGAUUGUCAAAAAUUUCAGACCCGGGAGUAUAAUUGUAAAUUUCGUGUUGAUAUUUUCCGAAGAAGUAAAGGCUCCUCUUAAACCAUUGCUCAAGGUGGCAGAGACUGGAAAGCUCGGGAACAUGACCUUCGAGAUGAACGUGAAUAAUGAACAUGAUUCAGAGGACGACAAAAAUGGCUCAAUGAACAAAACGAUUCACAUUGCUGUGAGUGUCGCUGUUGUGGUUCUCCUUUUGCUCAUUAUACUUAUUGUUGUGCUGCGUGUGAGAAGACAGAGAAAGCACAGGGAAGAGGAACUCGGGAAGAAACAAAAAGCUAAAAUUACAAGAAGCAAUCCGAAAGGAAUUUCAUACAAGGGAAAAGCUGGUGAAGAAAUGGAAAUGAAAGAGAUGGAAUCAAGGCUAGUUGCGUGGGAGGAGACUUAAGUAUCGAACCCUAAUUCGGCGUUUGAGAUUCAACACCUGCUUUUUAAAUGAGAGAAAUUUAAAUAACGGUAUCAUAAUUGUUUUUCUGCACUAUUUAUAAACGCUUACAGUACUGUCCAGAAAUAAAUGAGUAAUUCAGCUUGUGGUUACUGCUUUAGCAUGUCCAGAAACAACCUAACAAAAACCGAUGUUAACUUAGGUCGAAGCGCGGUGAGACCGAUGUUGAACUUCAGUCGAACCUCGAUCUGUAACAUUCCGUUCGGAAGCGAACGGCAACCGCGAUAAUAUUUCUUCCCUUGCGGUCGUCUGCGGUUUCUAUCGGUCGACCUUAACCAAACCGCAGCCGAACCGCAACCACAGGUUAUUUUUGGACAAUACUGCAUGUACAUUCAUCUAUUCUGAUAUAUCUAUUCGCAUAACUCAUAUACUUAUUUCUUAAGAGUGAUUGCGAACUGGGAAUACGGGGAUCUUAUUAACACCAUUUAUAUAAUUCAAUAUAUAAAUAGAUAAAUUGAUAUUAUAGCACUGCACUUAAUGACGCUAUAUAAUUAAACAAGUUACUGCAUUGAACUGUUUUUCUACAAAAAGGGUUAAGUUAGCAGUAAUCGGUUCUUUUUGCAGUAAUUUUCUUAAAUAGACAUCAUUAUGAAAAGAAUGUCUCUACAUUGCACUUGAUU